GAAUGGGGAAGUUUGGAGGUUUGUUUCGGUUGUCUCGGUCUGGCUUUGGUUUGUUGGUGGUAUUCACUUUUGUUAUGGCGCCUGGCGCUCUGGCCUGGAGCAAAGAGGGUCAUAUCAUGACAUGCCAAAUCGCGCAGGCUCUUCUGGAGCCAGAGGCGGCAGAAGCUGUUAGAAAUUUGUUACCUGACUAUGUCAAUGGAGACUUGUCGGCGCUCUGCACAUGGCCUGAUCAAAUCCGGCAUUGGUACAAAUACCGGUGGACGAGUUCACUUCACUUCAUUGAUACACCCGAUGAAGCCUGCACCUUUGAUUAUUCAAGGGACUGUCAUGAUCCCCAUGGAUUGCAGGACAUGUGUGUUGCUGGUGCCAUAAAAAAUUUCACCUCUCAGCUUUCUCAUUAUGGAGAAGGAUCCUCUGAUCGCAGAUAUAAUCUGACUGAGGCCUUGUUGUUCUUAUCACACUUCAUGGGAGACAUCCAUCAGCCAUUGCAUGUUGGGUUCACAAGCGAUGAAGGUGGAAACACCAUAGAAUUACACUGGUUUAGGCACAAAUCUAAUCUGCACCAUGUAUGGGAUAGGGAGAUCAUUCUUACAGCUGCUGCAGAUUUCUACACAAAGGACAUGGACCUCCUCCUGGAAGAUAUAAAAGGGAACUUCACUGAUGGAGUUUGGGCAGAUGAUGUUUCAUCCUGGAAAGAGUGCAAUGAUCUCCUCACUUGUCCAAACAAGUAUGCUUCUGAGAGUAUAAGCAUAGCUUGUAAAUGGGGGUAUAAGGGUGCUAAGCCUGGUUCAACUCUUGCAGAUGAGUACUUCAAUUCAAGGAUGCCAAUAGCCAUGAAACGAAUCGCUCAGGGUGGAGUUCGAUUGUCCAUGAUUUUGAACCGGGUCUUCGGUCACACCCAUGGAAAAAUGUCAGCAGCAACUUAAUCACAUAACAAUGCAAAAUCCUGGAAGUUUGCUUGUAUUCUUUAGUUAACCACCUCUCAUGUAUUAGCUUGACCAUAUCAGAAAAGCUCAUUCAUUUCAGUUCUGUCCAAGAACACCCACAAAUGUAUACCAUCUUUAAUUGAUGUAUGGACUUCAAUUAAUAAAAUGUGCUCUAUGUUAAGCUUCUCCCCAAUGAAAAA